UCCCCCGUUCCUGGUUGAGCUUGAGGAGGAGCUUCCUCAGCCUGAAGACCUCCUGCUGGAUGCUCCUCUCGUUCUUGGUGGCCAGCAGGUGGAACUCCUUCACCUGCCCCAUCCCGUACCUGCUGGUGACCGUCCCACCUGAGGAGACGCCCGGCACCCUCCCAGUUCUGGUCCUGAGAGAAGGGGGUCUUCACUGGACAACCCCUCGCCAGGCGUCCCUCUCCACCUCAACGGAAACACCUCCCAUCGUCCGAUGUAGCGAACAUCACAUAUUCAAACCCCUCGAUCCUCACCUUGGUCACCAGGUUGAGAGCCUGGGCCUGUGGAUGUGUCUCCUGUGAGACACCACAUGUCUCAGCAGAGAAGACCUGCACCCUGAGGACACUUUCCUCAUCUGGGACACCACCUUCCCGUUCACCUUGCGAGCAUUCUGCACGCUGUCCACGUAGAUGACCAACGCAUGGUUCAUCCGUGCAGCAGACUUUACGCUACCGUGACCCACCAACCCCCCCACGGCGCGAGCUUCAGGCCGCCCUUCCUCAUUAACCCCGUGAGGUCCAUCGUGCAGCACGCUGAUCGGCUGAAAACAAACACAAACUAACACAGAAAGAAACAAAAGACACACAUACACACCAGAAAUACCCGAAAAUAAACGAAAUAACAUGACAAUUCACGUCACGCAAUUCACUCAGAGAGAAAGAGGGAGAGAGAAUGAGAGUAAACCAAAGCACUCAGAGCAAGUGAAAGGAAUCUUUGUGAUCAAAACAUUGAGUACUUAUUUUUUAUACCUGUAAAAUUGGAUGAAUCCAACAGAACUGUGCUGCUGGUCUGAGUGACAGCAAUCCAUGAGUGAGACUUCAAUACAAACAUUUGAGUUGAAAGGUUUAAGACACAAACAGAACAAAAUAAUCUUUAUAAAGGCAUAAGAGGGGAAAUCUGUGAAUAGUUUAAAUCUGCCCUCAACACAACAGUGUUUACAAAGAGAAGUUAAAGAUGUGUAGUCAAACUCUGGAGGAUCUAUGAUGGUUCCCAGUUCAACUUUCCUUGGUGGAGUCCAGACUGACAGAGAACCACAACAACACCACAGGUAUAUUUAUAUCCCUUAAUCAAACUAAUCCCACAGGUGUUAACCAGAUGUUUACUGUUUUCUCUUCAGAGCUGGAGGUCAGACUGAGAGUCAGUGAGGAACAUCUGUAUAAGCUGAAGAGGGAAAAUACAGUUCAGUCUGUCCAACUUUCCUCGAUGGAGUCCAAACUGCAAGAGAACCUCAACAACACCACAGCUCUGGAGGUCAGACUGAGAUCGAGUGAGACACAGCGGGAGCAGCUGCAGAACCGCACUGCAGCUCUAGAGGUCAGACUGAGAGUCAGUGAGGAACAUCUGGAGAACCUGAAGACUGAAAACACAGUUCAGUCUGUUCAACUUUCCUUGGUGGAGUCCAGACUGACAGAGAACCACAACAACACCACAGGUACAUUUAUAUCCCUUAAUCAAACUAACCCCACAGGUGUUAACCAGAUGUUUACUGUUUUCUCUUCAGAGCUGGAGGUCAGACUGAGAGUCAGUGAGGAACAUCUGUAUAAGCUGAAGAGGGAAAAUACAGUUCAGUCUGUCCAACUUUCCUCGAUGGAGUCCAAACUGCAAGAGAACCUCAACAACACCACAGCUCUGGAGGUCAGACUGAGAUCGAGUGAGACACAGCGGGAGCAGCUGCAGAACCGCACUGCAGCUCUAGAGGUCAGACUGAGAGUCAGUGAGGAACAUCUGGAGAACCUGAAGACUGAAAACACAGUUCAGUCUGUUCAACUUUCCUUGGUGGAGUCCAGACUGACAGAGAACCACAACAACACCACAGGUACAUUUAUAUCCCUUAAUCAAACUAACCCCACAGGUGUUAACCAGAUGUUUACUGUUUUCUCUUCAGAGCUGGAGGUCAGACUGAGAGUCAGUGAGGAACAUCUGUAUAAGCUGAAGAGGGAAAAUACAGUUCAGUCUGUCCAACUUUCCUCGAUGGAGUCCAAACUGCAAGAGAACCUCAACAACACCACAGCUCUGGAGGUCAGACUGAGAUCGAGUGAGACACAGCGGGAGCAGCUGCAGAACCGCACUGCAGCUCUAGAGGUCAGACUGAGAGUCAGUGAGGAACAUCUGGAGAACCUGAAGACUGAAAACACAGUUCAGUCUGUUCAACUUUCCUUGGUGGAGUCCAGACUGACAGAGAACCACAACAACACCACAGGUACAUUUAUAUCCCUUAAUCAAACUAACCCCACAGGUGUUAACCAGAUGUUUACUGUUUUCUCUUCAGAGCUGGAGGUCAGACUGAGAGUCAGUGAGGAACAUCUGUAUAAGCUGAAGAGGGAAAAUACAGUUCAGUCUGUCCAACUUUCCUCGAUGGAGUCCAAACUGCAAGAGAACCUCAACAACACCACAGCUCUGGAGGUCAGACUGAGAUCGAGUGAGACACAGCGGGAGCAGCUGCAGAACCGCACUGCAGCUCUAGAGGUCAGACUGAGAGUCAGUGAGGAACAUCUGGAGAACCUGAAGACUGAAAACACAGAGCUGGAGGUCAGACUGAGAGUCAGUGAGGAACAUCUGGAUAAGCUGAAGACUAAAAACACAGCUCUGAGCUUCAGACUGAAUGAAACUGAUUAUCUUCUGCAGCAGCUCUCAAGAACAAACUCAGGUGAGCUGAAGGUGGCGUUCUCAGCUGGUCUAACUGACCUAGGACCAGUCGGACCAUUUGACGAGGAGAGCACUCUGAUCUUCUCCAAGACCAUCACCAACAUCGGCCGAGCCUACAACCAGACUGCAGGUGUGUUCACCGCUCCGAUCAGAGGACUUUACUUCUUCAGCUUCACGGCUGCAGAUUACCUGAAGGGGUACAUGGGUCUUCACCUGUACAGGAACAACCAGCCCAUCGUCUUCAGCCUGGACCUGAACGACCAUGGCGGCUACGCGUCCACGUCCUGCGGCGUGGCGCUGCAGCUUGAGGAAGGGGACGGCGUUCGCCUCAGCCUGCCGGCCAGCUACCGGCUCUACGAUGACUCGCGGAACUUCAGCCUCUUCUCCGGCUUCCUGCUGUUCCCGCUUUGACCCCCGAAACAGUGACCUCCUCUCACUAUCACUUUAGGUAUCAA